UAGUUUACUUCCACAAUUUUUGAUAACUGUGUUACUUCAAAAGGGAAACUUUAAUUUUUAAAAAAAUGAUUAAAUUUGUAUUGUUAGUAGCUUUGGUAGCUUCGUGUGUGAACUCUCAAGCUACGACCUGCCCCCCGGAAGAUUUGGACUACCCAGUCUACAUUCCUGAUACAACUUACUGCGGCAAAUUCUACGAAUGUUCAGAUGGAAGCCCCAUCGGAUUGGAAUGCGCCCCUGGAACCUACUACAGCAUAACAAAACAAAAUGCGAUUUUCAUGUGGACUGCGGCAAUCGACGUCUAUCCACCUCCCCGAUUCCCACAUCUUCUGUUGCACCUACCAAACCAAAUUAACAUGGAAAUAUGGAAAUUGCUAAUUGUUAAAAAUAUUAUAGUUAAUAAUAAAUAAGAGAAUUUUCCAAGUAAUACUCAUACCCUUACUUGAUUCGUUGCCUG